UCCGGCCCAUUCAACUGCUACUUGAAUGCAACAAAUGACCCAAUCAAUCCAAUGUCCUGCAAGAAAUACUCCACAAAACAAACUCCAACCAAUAGGAGGCAUAAGCACAAAGAACGUGCAGAUUCAUCCACAACACUGUCCCGAAGGAGUGCUGCUACACAAAACAAACUCCAUCCACUAGGCGGAACCAGCACAAAAAGAAACAAAAAAGGCACUCAGCUUCCUUGGACGAUCAAGUGGAUGUUCAGUGAGUCGAUUCACUUGGCUGCAACAUGAGAACCACAAAAUAACUUAGUCAUUGACUUUAUGAAGGACAUUGCUUGCUGGGGACAUGUAAAUACUUCACGGCCAUCCUUAUUAUCUAUUCUCAAUUUGGCUGGGAACAUCAGUGCAAAUGCAACCUUCCGUUGAUGUAAGAGUUUCUUAAAUUCCUUGAAUCAGUCACAUUUCUUCUCGCCUUCCUUUACUCCGUGCCUCGCGUAACACGAGAUCUUUAUCGGAUGAUCUCAGAAAUUUGGCCAGAAUUGAUCGAGGCCUGUCUCCCUCAGUGUAUCACCGAGCCGGGACCCUGAGAGCUCGCUCAAUUUCCAGCUUAUGGCCUGUUAUGUCAAGCAAAUUCAGAAAGAGCCCGUCCAGGAAUUCCACCAUAUUCUGACCCUCUGCUCCCUCAGGAAUUCCAACAAUUCGGACGUUAUUCCACCGGUUAUGAUUCUGCAUAUCCUCCAUUUUCUCCCAGAUGUGCUCCAAAUCCACCCUGGUUGCUAGCGGAUUAGCAGCUAUUCCCUCUCCGAUGACUCCAGAUAAUCGAUCUGUUUCUCGACAUCCCCCACUCUUGUAACCACCUCAGUGAAUUUCGUCUCCAUGGCCGUGAUCGAUCGAUGUAUUACAGCGAGAUCCUCCAAGUCAGCAACAACUUACAUCAGCACCACAGACAUGUUGGACAGUUGACGCUGGGUUUCUCCCGCCGCACCUUCCAAACCGAGUCCCUGGUCCGCAGGCCCAUCAGACGUUUCAGCUUGAGCAUCAUCGUUACAGAAUACCUGAUGUACAAUGAACCCAGCAAUCCAACUCCUACGCCCACGUCAGGGCAAUCGUCCCCUGGAGGAUUACAUGGAGGGCUUCUGCGCUCUGGCCUGUCGGAUGGACUUUAAUGAGGUUGCCCUCAAGGACUGUUUCCAUUCUCCUCUUUGAUGCCUGGCGGUUGCAGUUCCGCAGGUUGCAAUCUGGUUCAGUAUAUCGACCUUGUCCUGCAGAUUACUGGUUCCACGUCAUGGUCGACGAGCCGGAGUUCCACGUCAUGGCCGCCAAGCCAGAGUUCCUCGUCAUGGUUGCUGAGCUAGCGCCACCUUUUGCCCUGGAUCCUGAGUCUGCUCCCUGCCAUGUCACAGCAAUGCCUCAGCCUGCUCCCUGCCAUGUCACAGCAACGCCUCAGCCUGCUCCCUGCCAUGUCACAGCACCGCCUCAGCCUGCUCCCUGCCAUGUCACAGCACCGCCUCAGCCUGCUCCCUGCCAUGUCACAGCACCGCCUCAGCCUGCUCCCUGCCAUGUCACAGCACCGCCUCAGCCUGCUCCCUGCCAUGUCACAGCACCGCCUCAGCCUGCUCCCUGCCAUGUCACAGCACCGCCUCAGCCUGCUCCCUGCCAUGUCACAGCACCGCCUCAGCCUGCUCCCUGCCAUGUCACAGCACCGCCUCAGCCUGCUCCCUGCCAUGUCACAGCACCGCCUCAGCCUGCUCCCUGCCAUGUCACAGCACCGCCUCAGCCUGCUCCCUGCCAUGUCACAGCACCGCCUCAGCCUGCUCCCUGCCAUGUCACAGCACCGCCUCAGCCUGCUCCAUGCCAUGUCACAGCACCGCCUCAGCCUGCUCCAUGUCAUGUCACAGCAAUGCCUCAUCCUGCUCCAUGCCAUGUCACAGCAACGCCUCAGCCUGCUCCAUGCCAUGUCACAGCCAUGCCUGAGCCUGCUCCAUGCCACGUCAUGGCCACAUCUGAGCUGUUGGACCUGGGGAUGGUUCCCGACUUUGUACCCACCCUAUGGACGCUUACUCAUGAUCAGGCAAGGGGAACUUUUGACCCUCUGACCCCGCCUGGACCCUCCAAGCCCUGGACUCCGCCUUGGCAUGUCGAUCCCUCGACAUCACUUCGGCUCUACGUUCCCUCGGCUCCACUGUGGUCCUUCAGCCUGUUGGCUUUACUGGGGUCCCUUGUCCCUCCAGCUCCUCCUUGGUCUUCAGCCCCACUGGCUCUGCCUCAGUCUUCCGAUCCCCCAGCUCUGCCUUGCUCCUCCGUGCCUCCAGCGCUGCCUUGGUCCUCCCUGCCUAUGGGCUCCACCCUGGCCCUUUGAGUCUUCAGCUACUCUCUGGGUACCAAGUUCCCUGGUGUUGCCCUUCAAGUCUCUCAUGGCUCCGCCUUCCAUGGCUCUGCCCCUCAAGUCUCUCACAGCCCCACCUUCCACGGCUCUGCCCCUCAAGACUCUCAGGGCCCCACCUUCCAUUGACUCUGCCCUGGUCCCAUGCCCCACGCCCUGUCUCGCCAGGCCACACUCCAUGCCAUUCCAAGCCAUGCCUCAAGACCCCCCCCCCCCCAGCUCCCUACAGAACUUUGGGAAUUCUGUCAUAUUUGGACCCCUGGUCAUGUUUCCCUCCAUGUUCAUGUGUCUUGUUUUCAUUGGUUUAUUGUCUUAUCUUGUUUAUAGUUCUUGGUGUUCAUUGGUUAUCUUUGUCAUGUGUUCUCCCAUGUCCAAGUAUUUAAGCCCUCAUGUUUUCCAUUGUCCUUUGUCAGGUAUUGUGUGUUUGGUAACGUUGUCAUAUUAGGUCAAGUCAUUGUUUAUAUUCAAGUCAAGGCAAGUUUAUGUCUAGUCAAGUUUAUAGUCAAGUUCAUGUUUAUGUUUCAUGUUUAUAGUUAGGUUUUUUGGAUUUCACAUUUGUUAAUAAAAUUGCA